AUGGAUCGAACAGAACCAAUGGCUUUAUCCGGGUUGAGUUCUUAUUACAUCCAAAGAGACAUACCUCCUCUUCAGACUCAACCGACAUUUAACGCAUCGCAAGGGUUUCUUAAUUUCUAUAAUCCCAACUCUCCUUUCGGCUCCACUGGGUUCAUGUCUCCUCCUUUGCCAGUUGAGUCUUCUCACGUUGAAGCUUCAGCGGCGGUUGCUCUUCCUCCGUCUGGUGAGACGUCUGUUAAGAGGAAGCGAGGACGACCAAGAAAAUACGGACUAGACGGUUCUGUUUCCUUGGCAUUGUCUCCUUCACUCUCCUCAUCCAUGUCCUCAAACUCUAACAAACGUGGUCGUGGUAGACCUCCUGCUUCCAUUGGUGAAUUGAUGUCUUCAUCGUCGGGGAUGAGCUUCACGCCGCACGUUAUCGUGGUUUCAAUUGGUGAAGACAUUGCAUCAAAGGUUAUGUCUUUUUCGGAGAAAAGUGCAAGAGCCAUUUGUGUUUUAUCCGCUAAUGGUGCAGUCUCUACUGCAACUAUUCUUCAGCCAUCGCCAUCACACGGAGCUAUUAAAUACGAGGGUCGUUUUGAGCUCUUAUCUCUGUCAACUUCUUACUUGACCGCAACUGACAAUUAUGACUACCCAAACCGCACUAGAAACCUAGCGGUCUCACUCGCUAGCCCUGAUGGUCGUGUCAUUGGUGGUGGAGUUGGUGGGCCCCUAAUAGCAGCAAGCCCAGUUCAGGUUAUCCUCGGGAGCUUCCUUUGGGCGGUUCCAAAAGGGAAUACUAAAAAAAGAGAUGAAACUUCUGAAGAUGUCCAAGACAAUGACAACAAAGACAACACAGCAUCAACUUCGCCUCAUGUUCCUCAGCAAAGCCAGAACCUUGUUCAGACACCUGUAGGGAUGUGGUCUACAGGUUCGAGCUGA